AUGCAUACAACUAUCGAUAAAAUAAGUCAACUGGCCUAUCAAUUGCAUCAGCUUAAAUUGAUCAUGCAACAAUUAAAUAUAAAGGGAUUGAUAACAUUGGUGGCACUGGUUUAUAUUGGAUCACUAAACUACCGGGCCUUUACAUACGGUAUUGAUGAACUGGAUAAUCGUUUUAUCAAAGACAGUGGUUAUUUAGGUGUCGCCGAAACACGUAAACAGUAUCGACGGGCGUUUGAUAUCAUAAAUCGUUUGAAACAAUCGUCAAACGAUAUGUACAUCAGUCCGGUAGACAAUAGGCGGACACUGGUAUCGCAUAUGGCUUUCAUCUUUAUCAGUGUUUGCAAUGUUGUUAAUGUUGUUGUGUUUGGCCUACAAAUCGGUGAUUAUCCGGACAUUACUAAUACUACUGACUGUGGUAUCGGUCGUGAGUCGCAACUGAUGACCGACCGGUGCUUUGAAUGGCACAGUAGUCGUGAUUUAAUGGACACUUCCUCCUCCUUGUCCUCAAUAGUCAACGGAAGGGACGCAAAGAGGGCUGAACUGCCAUAUAUUGUAUACAUCGAGGAGUGGAGAGACAACAAACUCAGUUCCAGGUGUACGGGUUCGGUACUCAACCGUAAUUGGAUUGUAACGGCCGGUCAUUGUAUGAUAGAUUGUUUGCCAGACGCUUGCAAUUGGAAAGUAUAUCCGGGAAUUGUGGACAUCAAUGAUAAAGGAGACGACUAUGGAGUCAAACGAUUUAUAAUACAUGAAAACUAUACGAAUCGGGUUAGCGAUGACAACGAUAUUGCAUUAAUACAAGUCAUGAAAUCAAUGAAUUUUACGGCAAAAAGUGGUCAAUACUAUCGGCAAAUAAAUUCUAUUUGUUUGCCGCAAAAUGGUCUCAACAACACCGGCGGCGGCGGCUAUAAGUAUGCAUUGAUUGCCGGCUUUGGUUUAAUGGCUAAAGAAGAUAAGUAUUACUUAAUCGAUGAUCACAUUCAACCUAAUCGGCUACAAAUGGGUUGGACUCGGGUAUUGCCGGUCAAACCGAAUGAUAAUCCCAAUCACUUGACGGUCAAUGUCUUUCCAUUUCCCGGCGGUUCUCAUACUUGCAAUGGCGAUUCUGGUGGUCCACUCAUACAGUAUAUCAACGGUAGGGCUGUUUUAAUAGGUGUGGCGUCCAGUACUAGGCUAUAUAAAGCUACUUAUAAGUGUGUAUUAGAGGAACAGGUGAAUAUGACAUUCAUCAAAGUGUUAACAAAAAUUAAUUGGAUUAAACAACAAAUUAAUGGAUAGUUUCAGAGAGAAAGAGAGAGAUUUAAUACAUUAUUAAAAUAC